AUCUGGUCACAUCACUGGAGAGGAUACCGGAGCGAUAUCUGCCUUUUGAAAAUCCUACCACACCGCCGUGCAGCCAUGACUUCAGCCGGAGGUCUCACAGGACUUUGGAUAUUGGCUUUUCUGACUCUUCAUGUUUCAAAUUUUGGAGUAACCCAAAAUACCGCUCCCGAUGAGGUUGACGUUCCUUUCCCACCCGCACGUCCCACGGCCCAAAACCUGGCUGCCAUUUGCCAUCAGGGUCAGGGUCGACCCAGGUACCCGGCAAGCUUCUUCCCAAGAUCCGGCUCAAGCCACUUCCGACGCCGUGGAAACGCUAUCAACCAUCUGGAGUCGUGGUUCCAGUCAUGCUGCAGUGGCCAAGUGGCACAGCAGAGUCACCAGAUCCUCUGCUGUGCCCAACAAGCUUGGAAACAAGCUCUGUCUCAGUUCUGUGUGGAGGAAUAUUCCACCAUGACUGCGGCAUACCUGUGCUGCAGGAGCCGAGGAGACGCUCGGUGGACGUGCUUCGACAGCGAGCUGCCAAACCCAAACUACAGCCCAACACCCGGCUACACUGCUCCCCGCGUCCCAGAGGAGCAAGGAUUCACCUACAACACAAAUACUUGCUAAAGUAAAUAUUAAAAUAAUGUGUUUAAUCCUUUUGGACAAAAAUUACAAAAGUAUAAAAAAAGAUAAUGAGUUAACAGCAUUAACACUCUUCUGCAGGUUUUUGUUUGAGCUGCUCAGAAGAACUCUUAAUAGCUAAACUAAAAAUGUCACAUGCUAUUUUAUGACUGAAUAAACAACUCUAUACAGUUUGACAACUUCAAAUAAGAGAAAUAAUAGUGAUUUUGAAACACAUUUUCCAGAUUUUUUUCAAUCCAUCCAUGUAAUAAAAAGUUCACAGAUGCAAUAAAACAAGUGUACAUCUCAAUGGUCGAGUGUGUGACAAAUACCGAAUGAAAAGUCACAGAUUAACACUUUGAGUUAUGUCUUUGAAAGUAAAUGUAAAUGUUGUAUUGGAAUUUGCUCAAGCUUACACCCCCCCCCCCCCAUUUUUAAAGAUUUCUACACUGCACUUCCUGUUUGGCUUCAAAAUAAAAGUGCAACACUCAAACACUCUUUUGUGUUUUCCUUCAACAUGAUUGUAAUAUUCUUAUCAUUUGGGAUGUGUGUUGAUGUUGUUUGACAAAUCUAAAACAAUAAAGCCCCAACCAUGUAUACUUCAACCUGU